GGAAGUUUCUGGACACAGCUUCACUUUACUGGAUUUCUCUGCAUUUUGAAGAUGUCACCAAUACUGAGAAUCAUCUGGACCAUGAAGAGGGGCUUAGUCCUCCUCUGUACCCCUUUGAUCUUUCUUCCUCUUCCUCUUCUCAUCGGUACAAGGGAGGCCAACUGUGCCUUUGUGAUUAUGCUGAUGGCAGUGUAUUGGUGUACUGAAGCUCUGCCGUUGGCCAUCACUGCUCUGCUGCCUGCUGUCCUCUUCCCCCUGUUCGGCAUCAUGCAGUCUAAACAGGUGUGCAUGCAGUACCUAAAAGACACCAAUAUGUUAUUUGUGGGUGGUCUGAUGGUGGCAGUGGCUGUGGAACACUGGAACCUGCACAAACGCAUUGCUCUCAGGGUGCUGCUGCUGGUAGGAGUGCGUCCAGCUCUGCUGAUGCUGGGCUUUAUGGGUGUGACCGCUUUCCUCUCUAUGUGGAUCAGCAACACGGCCACCACAGCCAUGAUGGUGCCCAUAGUUCAGGCCGUGCUUGAGCAGCUGAACAGACAAGAGAGCGAGCCAGCACUAAUUGACAACAGUGAGGAGCAAAGCCUGGCUGCAGAUGCGCAAUACAGUGAGACAAAAUACAAAAGUGCACAAGUGGUGGUGAGUGGUCUGGAUGUGGCAAGUGAAGCUGCAAAGCAUAAGGAGGCAUCUGCUAGAAGAAGGAUAUGCAAAGGCAUGACGCUGUGUGUGUGCUAUGCUGCCAGCAUCGGAGGAACAGCCACCCUCACAGGCACAGGCCCUAACCUGGUGCUCAAGGGUCAAAUGAACCAGUUGUUUCCUGAGAAUGGUGACAUUGUCAAUUUUGCCUCUUGGUUUGGUUUCGCGUUUCCAAACAUGAUCCUUAUGCUGGUGUUGUCGUGGCUGUGGCUACAGUUUGUCUUCAUGGGUUUCAACUUCAAGAAGACCUGGGGCUGUGGAGCGGUGAAGUCUGAAAAGGAGCUUGCCGCCUAUAACGUCAUCCGAGAUGAGCUCAGGCGGCUGGGGCCCAUGGCAUACGGAGAGUUCAGCCUCCUGGCCCUGUUCUGCCUGCUUGUGGUGCUGUGGUUCACCAGGGAUCCGGGUUUCGUAUCUGGCUGGGCCACACACAUAUUCAACUCAGAUGCAGAGUACGUGACCGAUGCCACCGUGGUUGUGUUCAUCGCUGUGCUUCUUUUCGUUUUGCCUUCAAAGCCUCCGCAGUUCUGGUGCGGCACAUCCACUGGAUCUAACCCAGGUGCUCCCACGCCACCUCUGCUCACCUGGAAGGUAGCCCAGAAGAGAAUGCCCUGGAACAUAGUGCUGCUUCUGGGAGGAGGGUUUGCAGUGGCCAAAGGGAGUGAGGUGUCAGGUCUGUCCAGGUGGUUGGGUGAUCAGCUGACGCCCCUGCAUAAUUUUCCUCCGUGGGCCAUCGUCAUCAUCCUGACCCUCCUGAUUGCUACUUUUACUGAGUGCACCAGCAACGUGGCCACAGCUACCCUCUUCCUGCCAGUUUUGGCCUCUAUGUCCCAGUCCAUCGGAAUGAACCCCCUGUAUGUCAUGGUGCCCUGCACGCUCAGCACCUCUUUCGCCUUCAUGUUACCGGUGGCCACGCCCCCCAACGCUAUCGUCUUCUCCUAUGGGUACCUCAAGGUUUCAGACAUGGCAAAGACGGGCAUAAUAAUGAACAUUAUAGGGAUCUUCUGUGUCACGCUAGCCAUUAACACCUGGGGCAAAGCUAUGUUCCACUUGGACCAAUUCCCUGCAUGGGCCAACAGGACAACUGUAUGAGGGCCGGCGGCAUCAGACGAGAGUGAAAACGCACAUCUACAAACUGCUCAUCUUCUUAAAGACUCUUUUUAUACCUCACAGCCUUCCAACGACUGAAGAGCAGCUCUUUAAAUCGAGUCUUCAGUUUGUUGGCCUUGUGGAUUUUCAGAGCUGCUAUCACUGACACAAAGGGCCCAAUCCACAAAACAGCAGUUAACCUGCUUUCCUCUUUGUGGGGAAAGUAUAUCUGCAUCCAAAAUGAAAGUCCUAGUCCUUUAAGUCUUUAAAGAGUUGUUUUUUUUUUGUGUUUGUUUAAAUGUGUAAUAUAUAUUUAAAGUAUAUAUAUAUAAAUAUAUAUAGAAACAGGUGGAAAAUAAUCAUUAAGGCUUACCCUGUGUGCCAUCAGAGAGCUAUAAUUGUAAUUAUGAAUGGGUAAAUCUUGUUUUUACUGUCUGAGUGAAGAGACUGUUUACCUUGCUGCCUUUUUUUUAGUCUGAAUUCCACACAGUUCUAAUGUGUCCAUCUUUCAUCAGUUCCUCUUAUUUAAGUGUCAACAGAGUGAACCUCACAAUACAAAAAUUCACACUGACACUUACUUACAGCGCGUACCGUACGAAUCAGUUAGUGUCAGUUAUGUUUUUGUUAUCUGCAUUGUUAUGGUUCUAGCACAUAAUGUUUCCAACAGUUACAUGACACUAGCUGCACAGUUCCUGAACAGUAGCUGCACAGUUCUAAAGUACAACACUUUGUAUUGUAAUCCUUUGAUAAUACCAACUGCUGAUCAUUCCCAUCUACGUAACUUCUACUUCUUUUAAGUAGCCCGGCGCUUAGGCUGUGCUUCACUGCACGCACUCAAGCAGUGUGUUUUGUACUCUGUUUAACUGUGUUUAACUGUUUCCUAUUACACUACAGAUAAAGGGGCUUUGAGUGAUGUCAUAGAGGAAUCACUUUUGCACUUUUCCAUGAAGAACCAUGUGUCUUAUUCAUCAAUACUUAAAAAAAGAAGAAGACUUUUCUUACAUUUGUUCUCAGGAGAAAAAAAAACUUUUCCCAUUAAACAAAAAGUGUUUCUACUAUGGUAUUACUCACAGUACCAUUAGAAGCACCAUUAUUUACCCUUUUCCACUUUAGUAUGGUUAUUUCUUCAUAAUGAAAGAAGAAAAGGUUUCAUCAUAUUGUACAGUACAUAUAUACAUUAUUGGUAUAUACAGAUAUAUGUAUAUAUAUACAGAUAUGUGCUUACUUGAAACUUGGUUUAAAUUUCUGAAGGUUCAUUUUGUUCAUUAAUUUAUUAAGACCCAUUAUGCAAUAACUAAGCGACCACUAAUAUAAACCAUAAUAGUACAUUGUAUAUUUAAAUAUUGGAUUUUAUAUAUUAGCUUUUCUGUUUUCAUUGUAGUGAUUCUUGACCUGCACUACUGUAAAGUGAUGACCUAAGUAUGGUGUGUAAAAAGAACACAAUUUUUCUUUUAUGUUUAUUGAAAAAUAGCUGCAAAAGAAUUUUAAUUAAAGCAUAUAUGUACACAGUC